GAGAAAGACCGUGAUGACUGUCUGUGCGGACGUUAUGCAAUGAAAACUUAAAGACAUGCAGGACCAGUUUGGACUGGAAUUUUUCUUCUAUUAAUCUAAAUUGCAUGUAGGUACUUGUGUUAGAUGACUUCAUGUAUAAGAUUCAUUCAAGGUUCAUCACUGACACUUUAGAGGAUUGUUUUGCCUUGUUUUUUUUAACUCAAGAUAGUUUCCGUCUGACAGAUACCACGCCAUGUUUGUGUUUUUGGUACUGCUGGGUCAGCUACAUGUGAUGGUGUUUGCAUUUCCUCAUUGCACAGGGAGAUUAAAUAACCUGAAGCAUGAAUGGAAAGAAGUGUUCACAUCAGAAAAGGAGGCUAAUUUAUUCAUUGGAAGACAUCUUCUGAAUAACAGAUUUGAUUUUGAAGCAUUCACACCAGAUAACCUGGAAAGGGAAUGCUUUGAAGAGCUGUGCAAUUAUGAAGAAGCAAGAGAAAUUUUUGAAGACCCUGAUAAAACGAUGGAUUUUUGGAAAGACUAUUCAAGUAAAGGCCCUAAAACAAAAAUAGAUGAUGAUACGCUACAAAAGAUUAACGUUACAGGACUUCUCAUCGGUCUAGUUGCUGCUGGAGUAAUGUUAGUCAUAAUUGGACUGCUUAUUUUCUACUGCUGCAAAAGUAGAUGCAAAUCAAGGCAACCACCAGGGUACUUGGAUUACGUACGAAAUAGAAGACAUAACUCAUCUAUCGUCUUCAGAAGAAAUGAAGAGUUUUCUUUAAAUCCACUUCCUCACAGAACUGAUGAUUCAGGACUACCAACUUAUGAGCAAGCAGUUACUGCAGGUGGACAACCUGAUGUGCCACCACCCCCUUACCCAGGGCCCACAAAAGGGGCAAAAGUGUUUAAAAAGUCUAUGUCACUUCCCAUCCCUUAGUCACAAAUCUCCUUCUGGAGUAGUGGGGAAUUACUGAAAUAUAAUAUAUUUUUUUAAAGUGUGCUACCUUGCAUAUUGCAAGACAGUUUACAAAAAAUGUCAGUUUUACAGAUCUUCACCACAGCUAGGAGUGAGUGAAAAUCCCAUUUGGGAAAAGAGAUGAUCUGUUGCAAAAGUUAUUGUGCUAAGAAGAGAAUGUAUAAAGAGCAAGUCUUGUACUGCCACCCUCUUCCACAUGCACUUUGAGCCAUCCCAUCAUACUAUUGAUGUUUUGUUAAUAAUUUAAAUUUGUUUCUUUAGAAGGAACAGUAUUUUAAUUUCAUUGACACUAACCAUUUUUUUUCCUGACUGUUAAUACUUUAAACCACCCUGAGAAAUCUGCUUAAGUUGUUUUGAUAUAUUCCCUUCAUUGCUAUGUGGAUUUUGUUUUCAUUCUAGUAAUAGAUUUGAAUAUAAAAAUUAUUUCAUGGGUUGAUCUUUCAUCUAUGUAUGUAUUAUUGCUUCUAGAUCACGUUGAUUUGUUUUAGCCAUUUCUGGAUAACACACCGCUCAAUUUGUGUACUUUUGUCAUUAUUAUUUCAGAUGAAAAGAAACCAUAUUACCAUUUACCGAUAUUACUAUUAUUUUUUGCCCGUAUUACUCAUUUAAAUUUUACCUUUUUCAAACGUUUGUUUGAUAUGCACUUCAACAUAGUAUUUAGUGCUGGACAAGUCCAGGAUGAAGGGUAUUUGGGGGGAGGUGCGUGUAGGUUUCUUUUAUUUUUUAUUUUUAAGCAAAUAGCUAGAGAUUUGUCCCUUGUUAAAACCACUUGGUAUGCUUUAUCUGGAAAUUACCCAAGUUCCACAGAUGAUCUUCCUCUUGCAGUUGAAAAGUUUAAACGUGGAAAAAGCAGGUAUCUUGGUUAGUGGAAUAAAAAGCCAAACUAGCCACAGCAAUAUUCUGCAUAAACACAUAUUGCCCUACUAGACUAACAAAGUGAUACCUUUAAGUAGAACGAGACACGACAAAUUAGAUAAAUAUCCAGUAUCCACAGAGCAACAGUUAAGAACUGCAGAGACUAACUGAUUAAUUUUAUCAACACAAUUUCUAGAUCUUCAAUUGUAGCCACCUUUAAUUUUAAGUCAUAUUAAAAUGUCAGUUCCCAAUGUUAUACAGCCUACAAAAACAUUGCUGUCCCUUUACCUCCUGGUCAAACGGCAUUAUGGUGGAAAACACUUCUUGCAGCCACAGGAAGCCAUGUUGGAGGGUCACACAAGCAAUGUGCAGGGCUGGUGAUUUCUGCAUUAAGGUAGCUAUAGUUGGACACCUAGAACAGAGUUCUGGCUAAAUGCAAUUUUAAUGUAGAGGUUGAAUAUCUAUAUGUAACAUUUUACUGAUUUUUUUUUGUAAACAUGCUAGAACCUUACAGUGCUAUUGAGAUAGAUGCAGAUGAUUGUUGUGAGUUUUUUAAUCUAUAAAUGCUUUUGUAGAGAUGAAAGUUCUCUGAUCUUAGAAGAUAAAAGGGUACAUUAGAAGUGCUACAUUGUGCAAGUUCUACCCUUUGAAAAGUGCAUACAGCUCAGCUGACAGCAGUGGACACAGAACUGUUUUCUUAUUCCUAAAGCUUUGGCAUCAGAUUUAGCUUUUGACAAGUCAUUUAUACCUCUCGGCAAUUUCUUUCCUUUUGGCGGAUGGCGGAAUCUCCUCCUGGGGACACUGGGAGCUCAGUCCAUUUUGGCCCUUUUUCUAAAAGUGUUUUGAAGCGCUUCAAGGUUGCUACACUGUAAGACUGAAAUGAGUCAACUGCCUUGUGUGUGGUCACUUUGUUGAUAACUGAAAUACAGGGUUACAAUGAAGCUAUGGGAUUAUAAGGUUGCCUUUAGUGGUGGAACAGUUCUUCUCUAUCUCCUUUUCAUUUAGGUAACAAGUUUUAAAUGUGUUAAUCAGCAGCUCCAGCUAUAGAGCUCACUUCUUGGGACUGAAAAAUGACUAAUGUAAUGGGAACAACAGGAGAGCUUUCAAGGAAAGGAAUGUUAUAGGGUUCGUGAGAGUUGAGGAUUUUUAAAAUGCUGUUACAA